AUGAGCUACCACAGCAGCAAGUACGGUGUCCCCGUCAUCAUUUCUUCCAAGGAUGAGAGGCGGUCGUCAGUCAGCUCUGCAGACUCUCGAUCAUCUUCUUCUAGCCGGUACUCGAGCUCAUCGGUGUAUAGCUAUAGUUCCUCGGGUGCAUCGUCACGAACCUCGUACAGCGACAGCAGUUACCGUGACUCCAGCUCGAAGCAGCGUAGUGGAAGGAGCGAGGUUGUCGUUGUCAACACAUCCCGGCGAUCGAACCCAUCGAGGUCGUCUCCUACGCCCAACUACGGCCACGUCUCGGAGAGGUACACAUACCCGUCGCACUCUUCCAGCUCAUCUCGGGGCUCUUCGGGUGGCUCCUCGUCUUCCCGGAGUUCGCACACGUACUACUAG